CAAGAUGGUUUAUGCUAGUCCUCGUGUGCCUCAUAUUUAGUGUUCUUUCUACAAUCGACACGUAUGCAAAUUUCGCAAACGAAACACUUUUUUGGAUGGAAAUAUGUCUAGUAGUUUUCUUCGGAGUCGAAUAUAUCGUACGAUUAUGGUCGGCGGGGUGUAGGUCGAAAUACAUGGGAUUUUGGGGUCGUCUUCGUUUCAUUCGGAAACCCAUCUGUAUUAUUGAUUUAAUUGUCGUAGUCGCGUCGGUCGUAGUUCUAACAGUUGGUUCAAAUGGUCAGGUAUUCGCCACCUCCGCCAUUCGAGGUAUUCGAUUUUUACAAAUACUGCGAAUGCUGCACGUUGAUAGACAAGGAGGAACGUGGCGUUUGCUUGGCUCCGUUGUAUUUAUUCAUCGACAGGAAUUAAUUACAACGUUGUACAUCGGUUUCUUAGGCCUUAUCUUUAGCAGUUACUUCGUGUAUUUAGCGGAAAAGGAUGCGGGAGAAGGAACGUCGGGGGACGGAAAGAAUAAGGGCGACUUUUCGAGUUACGCCGAUGCCUUAUGGUGGGGCGUGAUAACAGUGACAACAAUAGGUUAUGGUGAUACAGUUCCAAAGACGUGGAUGGGCAAAAUAGUCGCGUCGUGUUUUAGCGUUUUUGCCAUCUCGUUUUUUGCGCUUCCAGCUGGCAUUCUGGGAUCCGGCUUCGCUUUGAAAGUUCAACAAAAGCAACGUCAGAAGCAUUUCAACCGACAAAUUCCUGCCGCCGCUAUGUUAAUUCAGUGUCUUUGGCGAUGCUACGCCGCCGAUAAGAGUUUCAAUUCAACGGCGACCUGGCAAAUAUACUUGAGAGAUACCAAUAGCAAUAAUUCAAAUCAAUCAUCUUCCGCCUUAGCGAACUUGUCAUCUAAUCUCCCUCUGUCAAAGUCCCUUGUAUUGCAGGUCGCUAAAAAGGCAUCAGUUCUUAAAAGGCGAAAAUCGAAGAACAGAAUGGAUACGCCUGGAACUCCACAGGGAGACGCUCCCGCUCCGUCACCGUGCGAUCCAUCAACGGACGUCGUUUACUAUAUAGAAGAACCAAAAGCAGGAACACCAAAUAGAUUGAGAAGAGGAGAUCGAGAAAGUUCAAGAGGUGCAAUAUUUAUGAGCCAAACGAGUACGGUAACCGAGGCGGCAAGCGACGAUAUUGACGAUCUUGACGGGGAAUUACCAAGGGUUACGCAAUUAACCGAGGCACAUCGAAACGCGAUCCGCGCGAUACGAAAAAUCAAGUAUUUCGUCGCCCGAAGGAAGUUUCAGCAGGCCCGCAAGCCGUACGACGUUCGCGACGUCAUCGAGCAGUACAGUCAGGGCCACCUCAAUAUGAUGGUGCGAAUAAAGGAACUGCAGAGGAGGCUCGAUCAAACGCUGGGAAAGCCGGGAAGCUACUUGGCGGGCAUCGAUAGGGUUGGAAACGUGAAGCCAAUGACGGUCGGUGCCAGGUUGUACAGGGUGGAGCAACAGCUGGGAUUAAUGGAUAAGAAGCUAGACGCGCUCACCUACGUUUUAAAUGCUUUAGCACAAAAACAGCAAAUAUCACCGCAGCCUGUGGAGAACGAUGUUUGAAACUGCAGUGUUCCGAUAAAGAAACGUACAAUUGGAAUUUAGUCUACUUACAAUAGGUAUUUAAUAAAAACAUUGCGUCGUGUAUCAACAAUUUUUCUAAUUAUAAAAUGCACCUCCAACAAGAACCAACUGUAAAAAGGGAACACAGCAAUAAUGAAAAUUCACAUCAACAUAUCUAUGUGUAGGUACAUUUUAAGGUGUGCUACAUGUUAAUUAAUUUAGAUUAAAUUUUUUGAUUUUAAAGAAUGUGAUACUGUCCUAACAUAUUCUUGUAACAUAUCCACCUGUUGUUUAAUGGGAGUGUUAAAAGAAACGUAGCCUUUUAUAUGUCGAAAUCCGAACUGCCACGCUUACUGUAUGUGAGGUGAUUCAAUUAAUGUUUUGGUAGAUAUUGACAAUACCAGUACGGGUAGCCCUGAUGUAGUAUAAAGUGGCAGUUCAGGUUGCGACAUUUUGGAUAUUGUAUAGAAGUCAAUAUGAAACGUAAACAAGUCAUGGUAUUCUAGGGCACACUGUACGUAUUGUAAAAUAAUUAUUUCUACUCUAGCAUUCAUAAAUACCUAGGUAUAGUGCCUAUUUAGACAUUUUAUAGCUUUCAUCAUGAUCAUAAAGUUCCUGUACUAAAUCUUAGCGACAGCUUAUUUGAUAUUAUAAAGCUUGUGGCGAAAUUUUCGCGUGAGCAUCUUAAAAUAUUGUGAUUGCUUAUAGUACAGAUGCUUUAUGGGCACCCUUUUUGACUCGCAACGAGUUUGUACUAUAACAUUAUUAUCAUGAACUAUUUAAAGUUAGAUAUAAUCUAAAAUUAAUCAUUGGAGGUAGGGUCCAAUUAUUUUCCUUAGAUGUGUUAAGUCUCUCACAUAUUUACCUUAGAUAGUUGAUUUGUGGGAUCUUUUUUUAGCAACGCAACGAACAAUAGUUUACAUUUUACGGCCAAUCUAAGGGUUCGUUACGAUUUUAGGAAUUGAAAGCGCGUUUUCUUGCUGUAACCUGUAAACUAAAACGAUUCAGUUUUUGGGUUAAAUACGAGUGCCUCUUGUCUGUGAUUCACACUUUCUUCAACCACUUUUUGCCGAAUUAGACACACAUACACAAAAAAUUUCCAAUGGACCAACGUUAAUUUUUCCAGUGGACCCAGCAAGAUAAGUAUCAUUCGUAAUGUGUAAUCUCAGGACUAAAUACAUUCCAUAAUUGGUACAAAAGGUUUAUGUCCAUAGUUACGUAGGAAACAUUAUACUCGGUUCUCCAUGCAGCUAGUUAGUGUACAUAUGUUGAUAUAAUAAUGAAAACAGCAGCCGAAGUUGGACCAAAUUGCUUUGAGCUUAAAAUUGAAUAUAUUUGAGUAUCAUAAAAUGGUGAACUUUAAUAUUUCAAAAUCUUAUUCUAACAGCAGGCAAUAUUUUAUAUCGUUCUUAUAACAUUGUAGUUUCAAUGCGAUUUAAAUUUGAAAAUUUUGGAUUGCGUUUUGACAUUUAAAUUUUAACAACGAAAGUCCAAAAUUUGAAAAUUUCCCUCCUCGUUAUUAAUAUAGAUUUUAUAAAUACUUCUGGAAGUGCCCUACGUAUAACUUUGCAUUGCAAUCAUAUGCCGUAGUUGCCUCUACUUAUUUCUUUUCUGUUCUAAUUUGUUUUACUAUUGUCAAAUUUUACUUUGUAAAUAAAAUGACUCAUUUAACAGUUGUUCUUAAAUGUGACUUUCAUAUUUUUAUAGACUUCAUACUGUCACAUAAUUUUUAGGCGUCUCUUUUAAAACUAGUCUAAUUACGUUAAUUUUUGAAAUGAAGAUAUGUAAAUACAUAGUUUUAAUUAAAGUAUAAAAAAGUAAGGAUAUUAGGUACGCUCACAAAGUUCGAGUUGAGAACAUAAUUGAUUAAUUAUCUGAAUGUAUUGAAAGUUAUUCAUCAUAGGAAUUUAUUAGGAGUUUCUUGCAAUAUCAUAUUAUAUUAUAGAAAGUAAUAAAGCUUUACUUUAU